UUUCUCUCUUUGAAGAAGAUCACGAAGAACCCUUAUUCAUUUUUGAACACUAAUUCAAACAUCAAACAUGAAGGUCACAAUUGCAGCAUUUCGUAUCUGGGAUUCACGAAUAUGACUAGUAGACAAGUAAAGUCAUGUUUAAGACCAAGUCAAACUAAUAAGGUUAUGUUAAGAAUACACUAUAAGGAGAGAUUAGUUUCUGAAGUUGUUAGGUGGUAUGUUGGUGGAGAGGUAACUGAGAUGAUUUGUCAGUGGGAUGAGGAUUUCAUGUCAUACAUGGAUGUGGAAAGAUUGAUUAAAAGUGAGGGUUAUGUAGACAUAAGAUGUUUGUGGUAUUGGAACCCUAUCUUCAGCUUUUCACGUGGUCUUAUGUCAUUGAAUAAUGAUAAGGAUGUGUUGCAGUUUGCCAAAGAUGUUGUAGGACACAAGGUGAUAUAAUGGUUUAUUUUAUGUUGCCAAAGAUGUUGUAGGACACAAGGUGAUAUAAUGGUGUAUUUUAUGUUAUUGUCUGUUAUAUGUUAGGUUUAUUUUGUAAUGUCUAGUACUCAUAUAAGA